CUACUCCGUACCAAAGGCUUCUAGCAGCACUGGACGCGUGCCACCGCAUGUGAACUACCCUUUCUUUCAACGCCGCGUCGCUUGUUCUCUCGAAACCAACCACAAAGACUGCAGCCUACCAGUCCCCCGUGAUCUCUCCUGAUAAUGUGCUCUUGCAUCAGGACGUUGAAUAUGACGACAUAUCAACCUCAAGUCGGCCUAUCACAACCAACGCGUUGGCCUUGAGCUAUCGUGAGCACUGCUAGCCACCAUGGCAUCGCGACGACUACCAGCAGAGCCUAUGGAUCUCUCAGAUGAUGAUGCAACUGCCUCUACUGCUGGAGAUAGUCGGUCGGUCUCGCCGAGCCUUGGCAGGCGGAAGUGCGAAGACCCAGACGACAUCUUUGCCGACGACCCUGACAAUUUCUACGAAGAGUUUAUGCAGAGCAGGAAACGAAAACGAACCUCAGGCAGGGUCUCGAAGCCCAAGAAGGGCAAGGGCAAGGGCAAGGGCAAGGGCAAGGGGGAAAGCCUCUCUGACGCAAUCAAGGGCGAAGACGACGCGGAGUUCCUGGACGGAGAUGGGCUUGUCGAAGCACUUGUGCCGGACCAUAUUCGCCAACGUCGCCGGCUCUUCGAGGAGAACAGGGAAGAACUCUCCGCGGCCGGCCUGAAGCUGCCACCCGACUAUGCAGACAUAGAAUUCUCAGAUGAUGAGAGGGAUCCGAGACAGUUAGAACGGCGGCCCAAAUUCGACGACAUCAAGCCGUGUAGGCCGUGCGAGGAAAUCGUCCUGGAUCUUUCCGGGGGCGUGAUACCGGCGUGCAUUGCACAAUACCUCCGAGACUACCAAGUUGAAGGUGUCCAAUUUCUACAUCGCCACUUCGUGUAUCAGACUGGAUGCAUCUUAGGGGACGAUAUGGGCCUUGGGAAAACUGUCCAGGUUGCUGCAUUCCUGGUUGCUGCCUUCGGCAAGACUGGAGACGAGAGGGAUGGAAAGAGGCUCCGAAAGAUGUCUCGCUACGGUAGAGAAAAGGAAUAUCCUCGCGUGCUUAUCAUCUGCCCCGGAUCGCUGAUCGAGAACUGGAAGAAUGAGCUCAACCGCUGGGGCUGGUGGAAAAUCGCGCUCUACCACGGCUCCGAAAAGCAGGAUGCCCUGAAGUCAGCAGAAAAUAGCACCCUGGAGGUCAUGAUCACGACAUACGAAACAUACAGGAAGGAUGAGAACAAGAUCAACCUGAUCCCUUGGGAUGCUGUCAUCGCUGACGAGUGCCACAAGAUCAAGGACACCCGCACCCAGAUCACACAAGCGAUGGACCAGGUCAACGCUCUCUGUCGCAUUGGUCUGACUGGGACCGCAAUACAGAACAAAUACCAAGAGCUUUGGACCCUUCUCAACUGGACCAACCCUGCUCAUUUUGGGUCUAGUUCUGAAUGGGAAUACAGGAUCACCAGUCCCCUCACGCUGGGCCAGUCCCACGAUGCCACCUUUCAGCAGCUCAGCCGGGCGAGAAAAGUUGCCAACGAUCUGGUGCAGAAGGUCUUACCGGACUUCUUCCUUCGAAGAAUGAAAUCACUCAUAGCUCAUCAACUACCAAAGAAAUCCGACAGGGUUGUGUUUUGCCCGCUGACGGACUACCAGAGGCUGGCAUACAGGAAUUACCUGGAAAGCGACGAAUGUCAAAUGGUCAGACGGAGUGCUGAACCGUGCGAGUGUGGUGCAGUUGGCACCGAUGGCAAACCAAAAAAGCGAGGCUCGUGCUGCUUUGAGAAGCUGCCAGAUGGAAGGCGCUGGGAGGCGCUCGUCUUUCCGGCCAUUAUGACUAUGCAAAAGAUUUCGAACCACGUAACUCUUCUCCUUCCAAAAGACGAAGAUUCCCAGGAGAAGAGGGAUGCUGCUUUAGAUAGGUUCUCAAGCUGCGUCUCGGAUUGGAGGACCGUUUAUAGGAAUCGGAACUCGCUCCAGCUGCUGGCCGACUCAAAGUUCUGUGGUAAAUGGAGGAUUUUGAAGAAGCUUCUCAGCUUUUGGUAUGAGAAUUCGGACAAGGUUCUCAUAUUCUCCCACAGUGUUCGUCUUCUCAAGAUCCUUCAUCAUCUGUUCACGAGCACGACGACCUACACCAUGAGUUUCCUCGAUGGCAGCAUGGCUUAUGCGGACCGGCAGAAGGAGGUGGACAGUUUCAACUCGGACCCGGACCGGUUUGUGUUCCUUAUCUCAACUAAAGCGGGAGGCGUUGGCCUCAACAUUACAUCGGCGAACAAGGUGGUUGUAUUCGACCCGCACUGGAAUCCAUCUUGGGAUCUCCAGGCUCAGGAUCGAGCCUACCGCAUCGGUCAGGUUCGCAAUGUCGAGGUUUUCCGCCUCGUCUCUGCUGGCACGAUAGAGGAGAUCGUGUAUGCAAGACAAAUCUACAAGCAACAACAGGCCAACAUCGGCUAUAACGCAUCAAGCGAGCGUCGGUACUUCAAGGGCGUGCAGGAAGAUCCAUCAAGAAAGGGCGAGCUCUUUGGCCUGGCGAACCUCUUUACGUUUCAGACUGACAAAGUGGUCCUCAAAGAUAUUGUCAACGCAACUAACAUCGCUGAAGCGAGAGCCGGUGUGCAUCUGUUCGAUGUUGACAUGGCCAAGGUCGAGCAGGACAGUGAGUUCAGUCAGAUCAAGAAAGAGAUGCCAGGCGAUGACGACCGGGACAACGGCAUAAGCCAGCUGGCCGCUCUAGUCAAGUCAGAGGCCUCAGGUGAUGUCCCCAAGCAGACCAACGAGCCCAAAAAGGAUGCAAUCCAAGCGAUUCUAGCCUCAGCAGGCGUCGAGUACACUCAUGAGAAUUCCGAAGUCAUUGGGACCAGCAAAGUCGAGGCCCAGCUAUCGAAGCGCGCUGCAUUCGCGGAGGAAAUGGAUCUUGAUGACCCCGAAGGUCGAAGCCUGUUGCUCGCAGACAAGCUAGUCAAUGAGGCCUUUGAAGAUGGGCCCGGCUACACAUACACGUUCAACCCACCAGAUGAUGUCAUGCAGAGACAAUUUUGCACCAUGGCCCGGGAAUUUGGCUAUUCCAGCACCACGGAGUUUGCUGUCGUUGUGCAAGGCUGGACGCAGGAGCAGCGCCGAAACUGCCUGGACACAUUCUACAGGAGGCGAAUGGAGAAGAUACUUGGGAGUUUCAAGCAGGAUACUGCAGAGAACGAGGACAUGAUCAAGGCGGAGCACGGUACCUUAGAGGACACCGACAUGGACUCGCGGUUUAACAGUCGUCAAGGUGGUCGAGGGGGCGAGCGCGCCGAUGAGAAGGUCAAAAUCGAGGACGAUUCGGUUACAUCGGUUGGCCUGGCCGCAAGGACCAAGGCUGAGACCAAGCAGGAGCCGGCUUUCAAGGAGGACAAAAGUGGCAUAACAAAGAGCCUGGCCUCGUCUAUCUUCAUCUAUGACGAUGACUCCGACGUGCUUUGAAAACAGGGAAUUUUCCUCUGUCUUCUUUUUUUGGGGGGUUUAUGGAGUCCAC